UGGGGUAGCACAUUGAUCUGAAGGCUUCGCGGAGCACCGCGGCUCGGGGCUUGGCGUCGAUCUCAGUGUCUGGUAGGAAUCCGGGCCUGAGUCAGGUCUGGGUCCCCGGGAGAUGGAUCGUAUGUGGAAUGCGUGGAACGGAAAAUACGUCGGAGGGAAAGGACCUUCGUCACUUUGGGCCCAAGGCGUCGUGGUCGCCUGGCUCAGCAGGGCCGAAUGGGACCAGGUGAUGGUCUAUCUGUUCUGUGACGACCAUAAGUUGCAACGGUACGCGCUGAACCGCAUCACCGUGUGGAGGAGCAGGUUAGGCAACGAACUCCCCCUGGCAGUGGCUUCUACCGCUGACCUGGUACGCUGUAAGCUCGUGGAUGUAACUGGUGGCUUGGGCACGGAUGAACUUAAACUGCUGUAUGGCAUGGCAUUGGUCAGGUUUGUGAAUCUCAUCUCAGAGAGGAAGACUAAGUAUGUCAAGCUCCCCCUCAGGUUCCUGGCUCAGGAGGUGGACAUUCCAGAAUGGAUUGUGGAACUUCGUCAUGAGUUGACCCACAAAAAAAUGCCCCAUAUAAAUGACUGCCGCAGAGGUUGCUACUUUGUCCUGGAUUGGCUCCAGAAGACCUACUGGUGCCGCCAACUGGAGAACAGCCUGAGAGAGACCUGGGAGUUGGAGGAAGACAGGGAAGAGACAGAUGAAGAGGACCAAGAAGAUAAGAACAUCAUCGUUGAUGACAUCACAGAACAGAGACCAGAGCCUCAGGCCAAUGGGAAAGGUGUAAAGUUGGAUGUCAGGGAUGAUGAAGACAGCAAAGGCAGCAAAGAGGUGGAUUCUCAUUUGGAAAAGACUGCGAGACAUAAAGAGUUGUAUGAAAGAGCCCGAGAACUGCUGGUAUCAUACGAAGAGGAGCAGUUUAAGGUGCUGGAGAAAUUUAGGUAUUUACCUCAGGCCAUUAAGGCGUGGAAUAUCCUGUCCCCACGUGUAGAAUGCAUCCUGGCAGAACUCAAGGGCAUAUCGUGGGAGAACAGGGAGCCUGUGCUGGAUGCUUUCCUGGAUGAUGGCUUCCUCAUCCCCACAUUCGAGCAGUUGGUGGCUUUGCAGAUAGACUAUGAAGAAAACGUGGACUUGAAUGACAUCCUGGUGCCAAAGCCGUUCUCUCAGUUCUGGCAGCCCCUGCUCAGGGGCUUGCACUCCCAGACCUUCACACAGGCCCUGCUGGAGAGGAUGUUCUCUGAGCUGCCAGCCUUGGGGGACAGAGGGAUCCGGCCCACCUACAUCCUCAGAUGGACCAUUGAACUGAUCGUGGCCAACACCAAGACUGGACGGAAUGCUCGCCGAUUUUCUGCAAGCCAGUGGGAAGCGAGAAGGAACUGGAGGCUGUUCAACUGCUCUGCCUCCCUUGACUGGCCCCGGGUGGUUGAGUCCUGCUUGGGCUCACCUUGCUGGGCCAGCCCUGAACUCCUUCAGCUCGUCUUCAAAGCCAUGGGGCAGGUGCUACCAGAUGAAGAGCAGAAGAAGCUGCUGAGCAUCUGUUCCAUUUAUACCCAGAGUGGAGAAAACUGCCUGAUGCAAGAGGGCUCAGAGGUCUCCCCCAUUGGGAAGUCUCCAUACACACUGGACAGUCUGCAUGGGAGCCUUGAACCAGCUGGCUCCAGCUUUGGGUCUGAAGGAAAGGCCCAGCAGCAGGAGGAGCAGGGCAGCUUUAAUGAUGUCAAGGAAGAAGAGAAGAAUCUGAAAGAGGUCUUGCAAGACCGGGUGGAGGAGGAGGAAGAGGAAAAGGAAAAUGAUGACCAGGAAGAGGAAGAGGAGGAUGAAGAUGAUGAUGAUGAUGAAGAUGGUGGUGGUGGUGGUAGUGGUGAUGAUGGUGAUGAUGAUGAUGAUGAUGAUGAUGAUGAUGAUGAUGAAGAAGAAGAAGAAGAAGAAGAAGAAGAAGAGGAGGAAGAGAGAAUGGAGAUCGGGUCUUUUUCUGUGGGGCAGGAGUCCCCCACUGCUGAGAAUGCCAGGCUCCUGGCCCAGAAGAGAGAAGCUUUGCAGGGCUCUGCAUGGCAAGUUAGCUUAGAAGAUGUGCAAUGGGACACAUUCCCCUUAGGCCAAAUGCCAGGUCAGACUGAGGACCCAGCAGAGCUUAUGCUGGAGAAUUAUGACACCAUGUAUCUUUUGGACCAGCCUGUGCUAGAGCGGCGGCUGGAACCCCCAAAGUGCAAGUCUGGCACCCUGGGCCUGAGCUGUGGUGUCAGCCGUGGCAGCUGCAGCAACAGCAGCAGUAGCAACUUUGAAGGCCUUCUCUGGAGCCAGGGGCAGCUGCAUGGGCUCAAAACUGGCCUGCAGCUCUUCUGAUGCCUUCUGUGGUGCAAGUGUUCAUCCAGCCCUUUUUGCCAUUGGGGGUGGCAACAGCCCACCCCCGAUGCACCUGAUGCUCUGUGAAACAGUUUGGGAGACAGCCCGGAUCAGCCACAUCAAUUUGGCUUUCCACCAUGGUGGAAUUUCGAAUGUUUGGGUUUUUGUUUUGUUUUGUUUUAAAAAACAAUAAACAGGCAACUGUCA